UGUGUGUGCGCGGGUGUGUGUGUGUAUUAUGUAUAGUCUGACAGGUAGCCGGAUACCCAAAAAACAGACAAAGCGCAAGAGAGAUAGACCGACACAGGGAGUGAGAAAAACAGUGAAGGGGGGUGGGAGGAGUACUGGUAUGGAGCAGGGGGGGGGGGGGGGGGCACAUUCAAGUUAACCACGUGAGGGGACGCGGCGGCCGGGGGCAGCUUGCGAGGGGAUGUCGGAUUGUUGCUAACAGGGAUUUGCAUCAGUCGGGAAAGAAAGGAAGGGGGCAGUGGAACUGAGUGACAGAGCACGAUAGACACUCACACACACUAACACGCUCACACACACUCGGUGUCCUCCUGUCAGUCACGCAGUCGGUGCGUCCAUUGGGGUUUUUUUUUUUUUUUUGGGUAUAUGUGUGUGUGCGUGUAUAUGUGUCUGGGCGCGCGCUUGUGUGUGCCAUCAUGUCCACCCCAGCUCAUCGUUCAUCUCUAUGACUGAGGCACCCGAGAAACGCACCGCAAAGCCCGAAAGCGAGCGAGAUCCUCACUCGUCCUGCCUGCCGCCGCCGCCGCCGUCUAUGAGCCACCCGGAGGCUCUCCGGCGGAUUUCCCAGCAUUCCUGACGGGACAGCAGACAUCAUGUCCUCGCCCUCCCUCCCCAUGAACUCGCUCCCCCCGAGCCCGCUGGCCAUGGAGUACCUCAACGACUUUGACCUCCUCAAGUUCGAGGUGAAACCCGACACGCCGCCGCUCUCCGCUCAAUGCGGGUACCCCAAAGCGAGCGGCUCGCCGUACGCCGGCCACCCUCCGCCGGACUCCAGCUUGAGCUCGAGCCCUUACGACUCGUUGCCGCCCUCGCCCACUUUGAGCGACGCCCACCCGCCGCCGUCGGGCUCGUCCUCGCUCUCGUCAUCCUCGUCCUCCAUCUCCUUCCCGCUCUCCGGCUUCACGUCCAGCGUCACUUCUCAGGGGAACGCGGACGGCAGCCCGGGCCACGCCGGCCCGCCUCAAGGCCCCGGCCCGGCUUCGCUGGAAGAUCUGAUCUGGUUUGCGGCCCUGCAGCAGCAGUUUGGCGGAGAGGUCCCGGGGCCUGCCACCCUCCUGGGCGCCCUUGGCGACAGAGAGCGGGCGCCCGUCAACGGCUUCCUGGGCUGCGAAGACGCCGUGGAGGCUUUGCUGAACUCGGCCGCUGCCGCCGUCAGCUCCCAGUUUCCAGGUCUUUCUCAGAGCUCCAACAGCACCUUGGGAGACUCGGGCAGCGACAGCGGCGGCGACGCGUCCUGCCCCAAGGGCGGCGACGCGUGCCAACGGCCGCUCGUCUUCCUGUCCAACCCGUCGCUGCCCGGCGCCGCCGCCUCCGUGGGGCCGGCCCCCUACCCGCAACCUCUCAGCCCCCAGGGCCGCCUCCUCCCCCUUCAGCAUCACCACCACCAUCAGCACCACCUUCAUCACCCCGCGCACGGCGGCCAUCACCAUCAUCAUCAUCAUCAUCACCCGCAAGUCGCUCAGUGCGGCGGGAACGAUCGCUUCUCUGAUGAGCAACUGGUGAGCCUGUCGGUGCGCGAGCUCAACCGCCACCUGCGCGGCGUCAGCAAGGACGAGGUGGUGCGCCUGAAGCAGAAGCGGCGCACGCUAAAGAACCGCGGCUACGCCCAGUCGUGCCGCUACAAGCGCCUACAGCACCGCCACGCCCUGGAGUCGGAGAAACACGUGCUCACGCAACAGCUGGAGCAGCUCCAGUGCGAUCUGACCCGAGUGCUGCGGGAGCGAGACGCCUACAAGGCCCGCUACGAGAAGCUCCUCGGCGCCCGUCACAACGAAGCCUCGACGGGCCGCGCCGCCAACGGCGGCAGUCCGCCGUCGCCGCCCCCUGACUUCUUCCUCUGAGGUGACCCCUGACCUCUACCUCCCACCCCUUCCCCCCACAUCCUCCAACCUAACAACCGCAGAGAGUAAAAGACAAGAGCCAACGCGGACGCAAACGUGGAUGUCGGUGAUUGUUCCGUGACUUGGUUUUGCUGCUUGGACUCACUUUUGACUACACUGUGAAUGAUAGUUGCACUCGCUGAGGCGACGGCGGUGCGACGGCGGAGAGGGACAGACUGCGCGAUGUGAACAAAAGUCUUGGGACGCCGCGCUUUACGCAUCACUCCAUUCGUCAGUCGGAGUUUAAAUUGGGAUCAUGAAGUCGCAAUAUUGUGCAGGAAAAAUUGAGAAUAUGCAUUUGUAUCAUUUCGAGGAGGGAGGGGCGGGGUGGGGGGGGUAUUUAAGUAUCUUUUCAGGAAAUGGCGUUUUUUCUCUCAAUAUUCAGGUUUGGGUAAAAUGGCACAUUUGCGUUAAUCAAAUAUUACAAAUCUAUCCUUAUAAUAUUCACAUUUAAUGACUUGAGGAAUUUAUCCGCCCAAAGAAUUAAUCUGGAGAAUCUGACUUCACUUUCAAAUUUAUCAUUUUUAUUUAGUUUUUGACUUUAUUCAUUUGAAAUUCAGACUUCAUUUUCGGAAUAUUAUGACUUCAUACGCAUAAAAUCAGUUUGACGUCAAAAGACGAUCAUCCCUUCCCCAACCCCACCAUGUAAAAUUUGAACUUGAUUCUUGCAGUACAACAACUUUAUUUUCUUAAAGUAAUUCCAUUUUCAUCUACUAUUACAGUAUCACUUUAUUCACAUCAAAUUCACACUUUUUGAUGUGUAAUAUUAUAAAUGUACUCUGACUAUUCCGAUGUUAUUACCAAUUAAUUAUCAGGACAAACUUUAACCUGGAAAAGUUGCACCAACAAAUAAUUUCAUAUUCGACCUUUACAAGACAUAACACUGCAAAUGUUUUUUCUCACUUUCGGUGACCGACUCCAUGCUUUCUUUCAUUGUGACUGCCGGCGCCCGUCCCAAUACUUUUGUCCAUGUAGUGAAUUUGAACUUUUGGACUUACCUUGCACGAACACUGCUGAACAUUUCAUCUAUGCAAAGUUCUCACGGCCUCCAAUAGUCGUCUUCAAUCAAGGCUUUGAGGCUGCAAAUCUAGUUUUAUAUAUAUGUAUAUCUAUAUAGAUAUAGAUAUACAUAUAUAUAUAUACAUAUACAUGUAUACAUAUAUAAAUGGUACUAGAGGCUGCUUAAGCAGAUGUGAGUCGUGCAGUGGUGCUUGCGAAGUUUGAAUGAAGCAUCGGCAGCAUGCAGUUAAUAUUUCACAGUUGCCUACCAAAGCGUUUCAGCUUCUUUUUUUAUUUUUAAUUUUUUUUUGGGGGGGGGGGGUUGAUGGUGUUAGAUUGAAGAAUGUACGAUGGGAAUCUAUCUGGGACUUUUGUGCUCAAGUCGGAACAAGAAGCACCUUUUUUUUCGGGUGUGGGAGCGAGGGGGGGUGGGGGUGGGUUCAUUAUGCUAUUUUGUGUUUUGGUUUUGUACAUAAAAAAAAACAACAACAAAAAAAGCUGCUGCUUGAAAGGUGUGCUGAUCUUUGCCAGGGUUAUCGCAGCAGAGUGUGUGAUUUGUGUGCAUAUGUCCGCUUCUGAGCUACCCUUGGCAUCAAAUUGACCACAGGCAAGCCCUCGCACCUCCCUUUUUUUCAAGCCAAAAUGAUCAUCAAACUUUGACACUGUGCUCCACAAAAAAAAAAAAAAAAAAUCUGUUGAGGCUACCUGCUUCGGUCUGUGGCUCAUUUGGACCAAAUCUCUCGUCGGCGUUCAUCAAAGUCCAAAAUGGCCGACUUACUGUUCGAUUUCGGGCUUGGGUUCGAGAGACUUUGCCAUGUGUCCUGUUAAAACAGACAUGUACACCAAAUUUCAUGUCGAUUUGCUCAAAACUGAUGUCAGGGGCUUUUUCUAACUCUCCAGGGGGCGCUACUGAGUGUGUUUUUGGAGGAUUGUGUUCAGGACUGAUCGGAUUUGACAAAACUUUUUGAGUGAAUCCUUGAGUAGCUGAUUUUUUUUAAGUCAGAGGCCAAAACUCUUUCAGGAAUUUCGACCUGUCUACCCAAAUUGGUGUCCAUCAGCAAACUUUUGUUCAGGGCUCGUUUUUUUCUCCCCGUUUACUAGAAUUCAAACCAAAAUGGCCGACUUCCUGUUGAAUUUCAACUGUGCGUCCUCGAGCCUUUUUUAUGCGUCUUUCUGUGGUAGACAAGACCAACCUAUUUAGCCGUCGAUUGGCCAAACUGGUUUCCGUGGCAGAUUUUUUUUCCCCCUCUAUUUUCCCAGUGGGGGGCGCUAUUGAGUGAAGUUUGGCGUGUUGUGAUUGGAUGUGCUAAAAUACAAUUAUUCAUCAGGAUAAAUGACCUUGGCAAAAUCGAGAAACUGAGUGCUCAAAAAUUCCCGUCUGGUGCUUGGGUCUCGAUCAAAAGUAAUGACACAGGGAUGUCAAUGCAGCGAAAAAGUAAUCGACUCAUGAAAUUAUCGACAGGGCGGAUGCGUUCGAGCUAUUUAUUUCCUUUGGGCGUAGAAUAAAUGAGGUGCUGUUUUAUUUAUUCACUUAUUUAUUCAGUAUUUAUUGAUUGUUUUUAAUUUUGUGCUGAUUCUAAUCAUUCAUUUGAUCUGAUGAGUGUGUAUUGGACUUUCUUACUCUUGGUUUUAGCCGGAACACAAAAUGACGACGGCCACUGUGAAGGCUUCUCGCUCCUGCUGUAGUGUGGUUUCACAGCAAAUAAACUUGACCUACGUUAUCAUA